AUGGGUUCAAAUUUCCCCUCAGCACUAAAGAUAGUCUUUGGGGCUAUGACCCUUGGAGAGAAAGGUGCUGAUCAAGCUCGAAUUCAUACGCUGGAAGAAUGUGCAGAAAUUCUCGAUGUAUUCCAAGAGUUCGGCCAUUCAGAGGUCGACACAGCUCGAGUAUACGGUGGAGGCAGCUCUGAAGAGUACCUCAGACAGCUGGAUUGGCAAAAAAGAGGCAUUGUUAUGGACACCAAACUAUCGCCUGCCAGCGGCAAGUAUAAUCACACGGCCGCGGGUGUUCGACAAGGUCUCUUGGAGAGCAUGAAGGCUCUUGGAACUGAGAAUGUUGAUAUGUGGUACUUGCACGCGCCUGAUCAUAAUACACCAUACGAGGAUACUCUUCGCGAAGUAAACAAGCUGUACGAAGAAGGCUACUUCAAACGUCUAGGAAUCAGCAACUACUCAGCCUGGGAAACGGCUCAGAUAUGCGAACUCUGCAUUCGAAAUGGGUGGAAGAAGCCCGAUGUCUACCAAGGCGUAUACAACGCCCUCCAUCGAGGCGUGGAACCAGAGUUGUUCCCUUGUCUGAGAUACUACGGCAUCGCAUUCUAUCAGUUUAACCCCUUGGCGGGCGGAAUGCUCACUGACAAGUAUAAGCUGGAUUAUAAAGAACACGAACAAGGCAGUCGGUUUGAUCCCUCGCAUGAGCAGGGUGCUAAUUACCGACAAAGAUACUGGAACGAGACUUACUUCAAGGCCCUGGAUAUUGUGAGACCAGUGGCGGCCGAGCUGCGCAUCAGCACUGUUGAGGCAGCCCUUAGAUGGUCUCUUUAUCACAGCUUAAUGAAGUACCAAUAUGGCGACGCCGUGAUCAUAGGGGCCAGUAGCGUUCAGCAGCUGAAGGAGAACUUGACAAGUUUGCAAAAGGGACCUCUUCCAGAUGAGCUGGUUGCAGCUUUUGACAAGGGAUGGGAAGUGGCUAAGCCGGUCUGCAAGCCAUACUUUCGUUAA